GGCCAGGUAAAUACUUUUAAGGGAUUCUGGUUUUCUCUUUUCGAAUAGUACCAAGCUUACACCUUUUUAUUUAGCCGCUUUGGACGUUCUAUGUUGUUUCUUUUUUUCUUUAUUUGAUAACAUGUUAGAAUUAUCGCUUGGAAAUCAAGAUUAUUCAAAUUCCGAAUUUGUCCGGCAAAUUUCUGUUUGACAUUUUGUAUAUUCAAAAGCGGUCCGGUCAUGCUUUACGAGCAUGCACAUUAGGACGUUCGUGCACGUGUGUGGAUUAUUUUGUUGUGCUCGUAAUUCUGUUAACCGACAUAUUCUCUUUAAUUGAUUUUAUUCUUUACUGUUUACAUUGCUGGGAUUAGUUUUGUGAAAUUAAGACUAGGGCUAUUUUCAAAUUUACAUUUAGAGAAGAUCAUUGAAAUGUGCUGUUUUUUGGGAUUUAAGUUGUUCUUAUCAUUUCGUUUACCGAAAUAUUUGCUUUAACUGAUUCUAUUCAUUACUGCUAAGAUGGAUAUAAUAGUUAUUUUAUAACAAAAGACUAGAACUAAUUUCACAUUUAUGUUUAAAGAAGUCCAUUUUAAUGUUCUUUUCUUGGGAUUAAAGUUAAGUUCUUUUUUAAUUUCAAGAUAAGAUAAUGAUAAUUGUCAAAGCAAAACACAUUGUGAAAUCUGCAGUCAUCAUACUUUUUUGUUAUAUAUUUUCAUGCUUAAAGUUUUUGGAUACAACGUUAUUCUAUAGAAAAAUGAACAAUACAUUGCCAUUACCAUAUCCAGAAACAAGACCAAAUAUUAUUUUUAUAAUUGCCGAUGAUCUUGGAUAUAACGAUGUUGGAUAUCAUGGUUCAGAAAUUAAGACCCCAAACAUUGACAAACUUGCUAUGUCAGGUGUAAGACUGGAAAAUUAUUAUGUCCAACCUGUGUGUACACCGACACGUGGGCAACUUCUAACGGGCAGAUAUCAGAUUCAUACAGGUCUAAAUUGGGUUUUAUGGCCUGCGACACCAUUGGGGCUUUCACUUGAUUACCCUACAAUAGCAGACAAGUUGCGAGAUGUUGGUUAUGCCACCCAUAUGGUAGGAAAAUGGCAUUUAGGAUUUUAUAAACCGGAGUUUUUACCAACCAGUCGUGGAUUUGAUACAUUUUUUGGUUUCUUAAGCGGGCAUUCGGACUAUUAUACCCAUAUAACGGGAAACUACCAAGAAAAAGUUAUGAUUGGUUAUGAUUUAAUGGAAAAUGAUACACCGGCAAAUAUAUCAAAAUAUAAUGGCUCUUACUCCACGCAUCUUUUUGCAACGAAAGUGAAAGAUCUUAUUCGAAAACAUAAUAUUGAUAAGCCGAUGUUCAUAUAUCUAUCGUUUCAAGCUGUGCAUGCUCCUCUCCAGGUACCAGACAAAUUUUUUAACGCCUAUCCUCAUAUCAGUGACUUACACCGGCGAAAGUACGCAGGAAUGGUAUCUUGUAUGGACGAAGAAGUUGGAAGCAUAAUUGAAGCAUUGACAAAGCGCGGAAUAUGGAAUAAUACUGUGAUUAUUUUUAGUACAGAUAAUGGUGCUAAUCCAAAAGUUGGAGGAAGCAACUGGCCACUUAAAGGGACAAAAAGUACCUUGUGGGAGGGUGGAAUUCGUGCGGUUGGAUUUGUUAACAGCCCUCUUCUUGGCUUUGGAGAUGAAGGAUAUGUAUCCAAAGAACUUAUUCACGUUACAGAUUGGUUUCCUACCAUAACAAAUAUUGCUGGUGCUUAUUCAAUUGAAUCUGACAAGUUAGAUGGGAUAGACCAAUGGACAUCUCUCAAAUACGGAACUUCUAGUAAAAGACAAGAAAUCCUUCACAACAUUGACCCAGUUUAUAAUAAUACUCACCAUAUCAGAAGAUUUUCGAUGAGAAUGGGUGCGUGGAAAAUUAUGCUCGGACAAUCGGGUUCUCAAAGCGAUAACAACAGAUCGAAUCUUAAAAUUCAUUUGUACAAUAUUGAAAAUGAUCCACAAGAGGAAGAAGAUUUAUUUGAAAAGUUUCCAAAAAUAGUUGAACAAAUGCUAGAAAGGCUUGAGUAUUAUGAAGAGGGAAUGAUAACAUCCCAUUUUCCUGAUAUUGAUACAAACGCUGACCCCGUACUUCACGAUGGUUUUUGGAUACCCUGGAAGUAAAUUAAGGAGUGGAAAAUGAAAAAUAUAACAAAGCCUUUGCAUUCUGGUACUUGUUUCACCUAACAACACCUACAUAUAUUUCAAUGGAAAUAUUAUAACACGAUAUGAUGCAUGGCUUACUCUCUGUGACAAUUUCUUGUACGUCUUUGCAUUUAAUAUUAAAUCAUAUUCAUCAAUUGUUGUUUCAGUCAUGGAAAUUGGAGCAUAAGAAAUAAAUAUAUUCAAUACGUAUAACAAUGAACAUGUAUCUAUAUGGAUAUUCUUGAUAUGUACAACAGUUUGAACCCUAAUUUUUAAGUGAACAAUUGUUUGUAUUAAUAUCCUCAACAAUAGCAAAUGAUUAGACAAAGACCAACAUAACUGUUUUAACAUAUAACUUAUGAUGUUUAUAUCUAAAUUAUUGUGAUUUAUUUGUUAGACAUGCUUACAAAUACGCUACCUUUUUAUCAUUUCUAAAUAAACUAUAUUC